AUGACUUCUCUUCCUCCUAUCAAAUUUCUUUUGGAUCCACCCAACAAUAAUAUCGAUAAUGAUAGUGGUAACUUGAGAUAUCCAAUUCCACGAACGCCAUCUUCUUUUAUGUCACCAGAUAAUACUUAUUAUCGAAAUCUUCCAUCUACAAAAUCAACGGAUGCAGAACAUCUCGCUGCAAUUAAUGCCCAUAAUAAGCUAAAUAUGAACUUACCUAUUUCAAAUAAUAAUAAUAUACAUAAAGCUUUGAUUUCGCCUCCAGAAUCACCUAACAUAUAUCGACAACAAUCAUUUGAUACUACUCCAAGACAGUAUCAAAAUAGUCUUCCUUCGUUACCUUCACAACUAGUUUCUGGAGAUCAACUAUGCAGAAGUUGUGCAUAUAAUAACCAUCCUUCAUUUGGGAAUUAUCAAUAUUCUGUUAAUAGACCAAUUGAACCAAAUAAUUUCGUUCAAACACCCUAUUAUCCCAUUCCAAAUGAUAGUCAUUCAUCAAUGUUUUCGUAUCCUCUUCCACGUUUAAAUAUGGCUUUAUUAACAAAUAUGACUCCGGAUAGAUAUUAUUCUUCUCAGGAUUUUUAUGGUCAAACUUUUAAUGAUUCUUCAAGUGGAAAUCGUUAUCAAUGUCCCUUUUGUGCAAAAAGAUUUUCGCGUCCAAGUUCUCUUCGAAUCCAUACAUAUUCGCAUACAGGUGAAAAGCCUUUUGUUUGUACUGAACCGGGAUGUGGAAGAAAAUUCUCUGUACAAAGUAACAUGCGAAGACACUUGAGAGUUCAUCUUUUGGGAAGACCUAUCAGAAGAAAUAGGCACGGAGUUAAAUGUUAA